UAUCCAAAUACGAUUUGAUAAGAAAAUUUGGAACAAACACUCAUUGAACAAGAUCAAUUUAAACCAUCACACAAAGUGAUGUAAUUUUUGCCUAUAAAUUCCAUAAAAUUUUAACUGAGUGUAACAAGUUGUUGCAAAAUGAGCUGGAAAAGAUUAAAUUCCGUCGUAAUUCCAACUGUAUGGAGUAGAUUUCAAGGAAAAAAACUUACAGAUCGUACAGGUAAAAAGCGUGAGUAUUGGGUACAAGAUAUCACAGAAAAUCACAAAGAGGAAGUGUUAAAUCACAUGGUGUAUGGUUUUGGAAGUGAAGAACCAAUGUGCAAAUAUAACAAGGCAAUUAGUUACCAAGAUGCAACAAAAGAUUUAAGAAAAUCCUGGGAAAAAGUCCUUGAACAAAACGUGGGAUUAAUUUGUCUUACAAAGGACGAAGAUGGAGAUCCCCAAAUAGCCGCAAUGAAUUGUACUUCGGUUACUUGCAAAGGUGACCAAUUAGAACACGAAAUCAACUCAAAAAUCGUUGCAAAAAUUUUCGGCACGCUCGAUUUCUUGGAAGCAAAGAACGAUGCUUUUGAAAGAUUCGGAAUAGAUAAGUAUUUAUCGGCGAUGGGGGUCUACGUUUUACCGGGUUUUAGAGGAGAUGGUAUCGCCGCUGAAGUUUUAAAAGCAAGGGAGCCGCUUUGUAAAGCUCUCGACAUCAAAGCAUCCCUAAGCAUUUUCACUUCUAAGUAUUCACAAGCAGUUGGAAAUAAAGUCGGAUUUAAGGACUUGUACUCGGUAUCUUAUGCUGAUAUUGCUAAGGAAAAUCCUAAAUUAUAUCACCAUAAUAUAGAAGAACAUACAAAAAAUAUUGAAUUAAAAUAUAUUUGUUAUUAAGCUUAUAAACAAUAAAAUGACAUAAAUAUGA